CCCUGGCCUGCUGGCCUAUUCGUUAAUCCGCACGAACAAAAUGUAAAAUGUGGAACAAAAGCAUUGUGGAAAAAGUAUUUAGUGGAACAAAAUGUGGUGAUCCUAAAAGAUCAUGCUUUCUAGAUUUGAAAUCCUAAUCAUAAUGAUCUGAUAACCUAAAAAUGUAAUAUACAUUAUUGAUAACUGGAAAUGCCAAGUGGAUACUGUAUUACUGUAUUACUAUAUGUCUGUGUAUGAUAUUGAUUUUACCCUAUUCUGGUUAUACUUUUAUGUUGUACUUUAACAUUUAAAUUUAAGUAUUUUGUUUAUUGUAUUAGUUUCAUAUAUUUGUGUGAAAAUGUCUCUGCUGGUAGAACUAGACGAAUCCGAGUUAUUGAACGCAAAGAAUUCGUGGAUUUCUAAGUCCUGCCUAAAAGACCCCAAUCAAGUUUAUAGCCAACCAGUGUAAGUAUAAUAUUAUUUAAUUAUUUUGUAUCUACUUAAAAAUUAAUUUUUUAUUUUUAUAUGAAAAACUGAUGUACCUACCUAUGUAUGGUAAAUUAAAUUAAGUAUAAUUACUUCAGGUACUUCAGGUAUCAUCAAUUAUAUUUAUUUACAAAUUCUAAAUUGUUAUUUAAUAUCUCAUAUGUAAGUAAUUUCUUUAUAAUAUGUGAAUUGGUUUGAAAAAUUAAUCCAAUACAAUACAAUAUUUUACAAAUACCUAUUAAAUUAUUGUUUUUUUUUUUGUAUUUACUUUUUAAAUAUAUAUGUAUUGUUUUAUAUAGAUUACCAGUUAAAGGCGAAAAGAACAUUUUAAUAACAUCAGCACUUCCUUAUGUGAAUAACGUUCCACAUCUUGGAAACAUCAUUGGUUGUGUAUUAUCUGCCGAUGUUUUUGCAAGGUAAUUUAUUGAAUAUUAUCACCAAGUGUUUAUUAUAUAAUUGUAAUUAAGUAUGUAUUUAAAAUUCCAUUAAGUUAACCUAUUUCAAUAUUUUUAAAUUUAUGUACAUUAUAUUCACGUAUUUUAAUUUUUAAAUAUUUUCUUUAUGUUCAUAAUAUUCAUAAUAUACACUUAUGUGUAUUAAUUCAUUUUUAAAACUGAGUUAGUAUAAGCUAUAAUAAAUAAAUGUUAAAGCAAAAGGUGAUUUAAUAUAUUUACUGUAUGCAACGAUAAAUUAAAUCUCAAACAAAAAAAAAAAAACAAUUUUGAGCGAAGUAGUAUUAGUCAUGUUUUUCCCCUUUUACUCAGGUAAUCUAGAAAUCAAUACAAAUUAAACAACAAAAUUUUCUUUUUUCUCAAUCAUUAAGAAAAUUAAAAGGAAACAAAAAAGGGUGUCUCCAAUGGAACAAUCUAAAGAAAUAUUACAUCUGCUGCAUUUAAUGAUAAAAACAAGAUUUCAGGUAGAAAAGUUGUUUGAAGACUGAAAAAUAAAAUAAAAACUGAUCAGAAUCUCAAAUAAUUCAUUAGAUUAAAUUUAAAUUUAUUGUUAAAAAAGAUAAACUAAUAAAUUGGGUAUUUUCAUUUUAUUCAAUAGAUAUUGUCGACUGCGUGGCUGGAACACGCUUUACAUUAGUGGAACUGAUGAAUAUGGUACAGCAACUGAAACAAAAGCUUUAGAAGAAAAGUUAACACCACAACAGAUCUGUGAUAAAUAUUUUAAAACUCAUAGUGAAAUUUAUAAAUGGUUUAAUAUUAAUUUUGAUCAUUUUGGUAGAACCACAUCAUCAAAACAAACUGAGUAAAACAUAGUUAUAUAAUUCUAGUACAAUAUAAUUCAAAUUAGGUUUCAACUUAAUUAAUUGUUUUAUGUUUAAUUUAGAAUUGUUCAAGAAAUAUUUAAGGAAGUACAUGAAAAUGGCUACACUACUACUGCGUCUAUGGAACAACUUUUAUGUGAGAAUUGUGAUCGGUCUGUAUUAAUAAUACAUUUGUAUAAUUAUAUCCUCGUUCAUAAUUUUAAUAGUAUUUUUUACAUUUCAGAUUUUUAGCUGAUCGAUUUGUAGAAGGAACGUGUCCUCUGUGUAGUUAUGAAGAUGCAAGAGGUGAUCAAUGUGAUGGUUGUGGCCAUUUAAUCAAUGCUACGGAGCUUAUAAAACCUAGGUGCAAAGUUUGUCAAAAAUCACCUGUAAUACGUAAUUCUCAGCAACUCUUUUUGAAUUUACCCAAAGUUGAAGCCAAGUUGAACAAUUGGGCUGAAAAGUCUGGUGAUGAUUGGUCUUAUAAUGCUAAAGUGAUAACUAAGUCUUGGAUGAAAGAUGGCUUGAAAGAAAGAUGUAUCACGAGGGACUUGAAAUGGGGAAUUCCUGUCCCACUCGAAGAUUUCAAAACAAAAGUGUGUCUUUAAAAUAUAAUAAUAUGUUCCCUAUUUAAUAUAAAUUUAAUAUGACGGAAUUUGUAGGUGUUUUAUGUUUGGUUUGAUGCACCAAUAGGUUAUAUGAGUAUGAGUGCUGUUUACACAUCAGAGUGGCGCAAGUGGUGGCAACCAGAAAAUGAUACUAAAAUUACUUACUAUCAGUUUAUGGCAAAAGAUAAUGUACCUUUUCAUUCUGUUAUGUUUCCUGCAUGUCUAUUUGCUACUGAACGCAACUAUACAAUGGUUAACCAUAUAAUGGCAACAGGUUUAUAUAUUUUUAAUGUUAAAUUUAAGAUAAUUUACUAAUGUUUGUGUAUAUUUUAUUUAUUAGAGUAUUUAAAUUAUGAAGAUGGUAAAUUUUCUAAAUCUCGUGGGAUUGGUGUUUUUGGAAAUGAUGCUCAAGAUACUGGAUUGCCUGCUGAUGUUUUUAGAUUUUAUUUACUGUUUGUCCGUCCAGAAUCUCAAGACAGUUCUUUUAGCUGGGCUGAUCUAGCCACUAAAAAUAAUUCCGAGUUAUUGAACAAUCUUGGUAACUUUUGCAAUAGGUAAGUAAAUUUCAAUUUAGUAUACAUACACACACAAGUAUUUUUACUUAAAUAUUAAAAUUAUAAUUUAAAUAAUGUAUGCAACUAAUAAUAUUAAUUUUAAAAAACCAAAUUCAGGGCAUUAUCAUUCUUAGAAAAGUUUUUUGAUUGUAUCAUUCCUGAAAUUCAAUUAGAAAAAGAUGAACUCACUUUAUUAGCUCUAGUAACAUCAGAUCUUCAAGAUUAUACAAGUGCAUUGGAUAAAGCUAAACUUCGAGAUGGUUUACGACUCGUACUUUCAAUUUCUCGUUAUGGUAAUCAAUACAUGCAGUCACAAAAGCCGUGGGUUUUAAUUAAAGGAUCAAAUGAAGAAAGGUAAUAAAAGAAAAAAAAUAUUUAAUUGUUUAUAUUAUAAUAUUAUUUACAUUUUUUUUUUUCAUGGUCCUUAGAAUUAGAGCAGGUACCGUUAUUGGGCUGAGUUGUAAUUUGGUUUGUUUACUUGCUAUUAUGUUACAACCUUAUAUGCCAGAAACUGCAAAUAUAAUUGGAAAACAGUUAAAUGUUGAUAUUUCGACAUUUUUAUUAAAUAACUUUGUGUCAACUUUCUUACCACCGAAACAUAAAAUUGGAAAAGUAUAGUUACCAUUAUUUGUUAAUCAAUGGUUAUUAAUUAUGUAUUAUAAUUGAUUUACUGUUUUAUUAUUAGCCUGCUCCAAUAUUUGAGAAAAUUGAUCAAUCGGUUGUAAAUCAAUUGAAGAGUCGUUUUGCUGGUAAACAGAAAACACCAGAAAAAGAAUUGACAGUUGUUGAUGGCUUAGAUCUUAAAGAAAUUAAAAGUAUAGAACAAAUGGAAGAAGCUAUUUCGAAACAAGUAUUCAUUAAUUUGUUUUAAAUAUAGUUUAAGACAGUGGUGUCACAAUCUUAAAAUAAUUUAGAAACAAAUAAUUUUUUUAUAACCACUACCCAAUCCAAUUCAGCUAUUUGUACAAUACCUGUAGUUGUUAUAAUUGCUAUAUAUACGUUUAGUAAUGUGUCUCUCUUAAUCAUUCAAAUUUCACAAAAAACCAUUGUUCACUACGCUACUAGUUUAAAAUUAAGAUGAUAAUUUUUAAAAAAACAAAAUGAAUAUUCCAUUUUGAUUUUUUAUUAGUUUUUAUUUGGUCUUUUGUGAAUCAUAAUGUUUCAAAACGUAUUUAACUAAAUCAGAAUUGUAUUUUAUUAGCAUUGAUUUAUCAUAGCAUAUAUAUAUAAAUUAAAUUACUCAACUUAUCCUCCCUCCCCAACUUACUCCAACCUACAACAGUGACACACUCAUUAGCAGUAUUAGUUUUAUUUUUUAAAAUAAUUGUAGGGUGAAUUAGUACGUUCAUUGAAACAAGGAGGCGCCCAAAAAAGUGAAUGGGAACCUUAUGUCAAAGCAUUAUUGGAAAUGAAGAAAAGUUUAGAACAAAUGAAAAUAAUAUCUACUCCAGUUUCUACAGAUGACUUAGAAGAAGAAAUUUCCAAACAAGUAAGUUAAAUAAAUACAUUAUUUAUAAUUUGGCCAAGUUUCAAUUUAAAAAAAAAAAAUAAUCAAUUUUGAAGACUAAAAUUUUCUAAUUUUUGUAACUUAAUUUAUGUCAUAUAUUUUAAUCUGAUUUUAAAUUUUGCAUUCUGACAGUUAACUAUAAUAAAUUAAUAACAAUACAUUAUUAAUUAUUUUAAUUAUUUUGUCAUAAUAUGUUCAUUGAUUUAUCAGAACUUAUAUAGUUAUAUAUUAUAAUAUUUUAUUAUAAACACUAAACAGGGCAUUAAAGUACGAACAUUAAAAGAAGCAAAAGUUGAAAAAAGUAAAUUACAACCAGAAAUUGAUUUAUUGCUACAAUUAAAAUCAAAACUUUCAAUAGCCAAAGGUUUACCAGCUGAUGACGAAAAAAAGAAGAAACAAAAACAAAGCAAAACAUAAUUCUAAUAUACUGUUAUUUUAGAGUUUUGUUCCUUUUUGUUCUUAUUAUUUAAUUAUAAUAAUUUAUAAUAAACAAAUAAACAAUUACUUUAGCUCUGUUACUUAAAA